GGUACAUUUUCCCAAAUUCAUGGCCAAAACUACAAAAAAAAAUUUUCGAUUUGUUGUUUUUUUUUAAUGCCAAUUUGUUUACAAAUAACAUGAGCUUUGAACCUCAUUAAUCAUGCGAUGCAAAUUGUAACUGUUUAAUCAGUAGAUGCUUUCAAAGUAGAAACUUUCAAUCAACGAGGCCAGUAGCAAGUUUGGUUUCUUAUAAGAAGUAGUUUGCUUUGUUUUUUAUUUAAUUUUUUUUUGGCGAUUUUCAAAAUAAUUUAACAUGGAUUCUGUUGCUAGUGGAUCGCAAUCAAGUUUCAUUUUUCUUUCAAGAAAUAAGCUUUCUGAAUUUUUAAGAAGCUGUACGUCUCGUGAUAUUACAGAAAAAAUUAAUUUUUUGGUAGCAAAGGUUGAAAACGAGACCAAUAUUGAAAUUUCGGAGGAAAUAAAGAAAAAUUUAACGAAUUUUGCAUAUGAACAUAGAAGAAGAUGGCUGAGUGCCUCAAGAAAUAACAACACCUUCUUGAAACAAAAUAUAAAUUGGUUGCAAUGUGAAAUUUCGUUUCCAUGCAGAGCUCAUGGCCUUGUUGGACGGCCUCAAAUGGAUUUUUCAGACCUAAGCGAACGGUCAAAGAGACGUAAAACAGAAGAUUUACGUUUUAACUAUAGUGCCGAAGAAUUAAGCUAUGCUGCGCAGAUGCAACUUCGAGAAAGAGGGAAACUUGAUUCCUCAAAUGUAAUGAAAAAUAUAAUAUUUUCAACUCCUUCACGUGCUGAAAAAUAUCAAAAAGCUUUGAAGAAAAUGGAUCAGGAUCAGGUAUAUUCCAUAUACAGCAGAAGAAGCACUUUCAAUAGUUGUUGA